GGUAUCAAAAUGCGCAUGCGAAUUGUGUAUCAUUGUUUACAAACGAGUUUAUUAAACAAAUAAUGCAUUCCGAGAACGAGGAUGAUCCCGGUUCCAGUUCGGAAUGGAAAGAGGAUGAUAAAAAGAAAGUGAAAAGGAGGCGUUCCAAUAGAAAAACAAAGAAGAUAAGAUUCUCUUUGGAUUAUAGUAGCAAUGAUGAUAGUGAUCAGGAUUGGAACCAUACUAGAAAAGGUAAAGGUUCUGCAAAACGAAAGAUCAACAUUGGACCAGUUGAAGUUGACUCAUCAUACACAUCUGGUUCCUUUUUAAUAGCCAAGUUGGAUAUGCAGAAUUUUGAUCAACUAAAUCCACCACAUAUAUGGAGAAUUGAUGGCAAAUUUUUGCUUCAAAAAUUUGAACCCUUUAUUGAAGAUAAAAAAUUAAAAUACAGGAAUACAUCAAUUUACACAGGAUGGUCUCCAGAAGAGAAAUGUAAAUAUGAACCAUUAGAAGACAUCAACAUUAUUCUGCAGACAAGUCACAAACUUGUGCUAUCAUUGAAUGCAAAGCAUUUGAAUCCAGAGGUUAAUUAAGAUGCAUUUUUUGUUCUUGUGAUA